AUCCAGUCUGGAUCUUGUAGUCGUUUCAGAUUAUACACGUAAGACCUUGAUAAAUGCACUUGAAAAAUUUGAUUUGUGAAAUUGUCUUUGAUUAUGCAUACUAAAUUAGAGGUACACGCUGCUUUUUUAAAUGAUUCAAGAAUUGUGAAGGCUGUUAAAAACGUGCGGAAAAUUGUUCCUGUCUUCAAAAUGUGACGAAUGUGACUUAAAAAGAGAAAACUAAGUCAGACAUGGAACCUAACGAUAGUAUGAUGAACCAUUUUGAUUUGUCGUGUAAAUAUUGCUCUUUUUCAUGUAGUGGGGAAAACAUUGAAAUGCUUUGUAAACAUUUUGAAGAAUGUAGACACAUACUUGUAACGUGUUCUAAUGAGCAAUGUGGCUACACGGCCGAGAGACAUUUAAUGAAAGACCAUUCUGCAAUAUGUUCUUCAGCCAUUGUUAAUUGUCCUAACAUUAGAUGCAAUGACAAAAUAAAUCGAAUGGAAAUGAUUUCUCACAUGGAGAAGUGUCUGUUUAGGAUUGUUCCUUGUAAAAACAAGUUCAAUGGAUGUAAUACGUCAGUGGCAUACAUGGAUCUUGAGAAACAUCUGGAAACUUGUCCGUUUUAUUUCUGUGCUAUAUGUAACGAAUAUUUGAUGCUUGUAGAUCAAUCUGCUCAUAUAUGUGCUCUUGAAACAAUUAAAAGUCCUUGUUUGAACAAAGAAGAAUCUUUACGAAUGCCAUGUAAACGGCACCAUGAACUUCCGACCGUAAAUUUCAAGUGCAAGUUUUGCAAAUACACGGACGUGUGUCGUUCACAAGUAUUGCUGCACAUGGUAAAUAAAUGUAAAUACAAACAAAGAAAAUGUCUACUAUGUUGCGAUAUGGUUUUAUCAGCGGAAUGGGAUGAGCACCGUUUGUCAAAUUGUAACGCAACAGUACGAUGCACUGAAUGUAAACUCCGUGUAGAAAAAUCUUCAGAAACAGAACACCCAAAGGAAUGUAUUGGAAACAUCAAACGGACCACUUGUUUGAUUUGCAAAGAACUGGUAAAAACCGGUGAUAUUAAAUGUCGACAAGAUAUGGAUCGUCAACAUAAAAUGCACAAAGAUGUAACAGCUUUAAAGCAUAGCUGUAAACAUGACACAGAUCAAAAGCCAGUAAAGGUAAUCGUCCCGACAUCUAGACCAAAUAAUCAAGGAGAGUGUGAGUCGAACUAUGACCCGGAACGAGUUCUCUCAAACGCUACUGAAAUAGAUCGAAACAAAGUGAUAAAAAUCCGUCAUCCUGAACAAUCAAACAGCAGAGAAAGCUUACAAAAGUUGCGCAAAUUUAUCAAAAAUAUUGACAAAUACAUUAAUCGUAGGCUUAAUAUCGUCAACUAAUAACAGAGAGACCGUGCCGUAGAGUAUGUCAUUUUAGACUUAGAGACUACAAAUGAUAAUUCUGCAUAAAUCAAUUGAGUAAAAAAUCAAUUAAAGAUUCGCAUAUUGUCUGCUUAUUUGAUAUUCAAGGUGUAUUAAAUUUGAUAAGUGACAUACUGUAAAUGAGCAGUCAAGGAAAAUGAAGAUGGUGUACUGUGUAUCUGAUGACUUUAUUUUUAUUUUGAAUAUAGAGGCAUUGACCUGCAAAAUUAUACAUAAUAUGGGAAAACUGACAAAAUGAAAGAAAAUACAUUAGCUAUAAGUUACCACAAAUACAUUAUACGUUUCAUAAAAAAUCAAUAACAGUGCGUAAUGUAAAGAAAGCUAACCUUUGAACUUUAAGGACACAUUCAAAGUAUUUUUACUUUAAUUACAAAAAUACACUUUCAUAUUGACAAAGCAAUUAAAAUAAAACCAGAGACUAAACAUUUACACUGAUAAGUAAAACAUAAGUUAAUAUGAAAUUUACAUACCAUAAGAGGCCACAGAUAUCGACUGGAUGGUAUUUUCGGAAACCGGUAUAAUGCUCUAACUUAAUUAGAAUUAUAGGUAUCUUAUUUAUACACCUAGCUUCAAUAUAAUUGGUUAAUAUUAUGAACCAAUGAAAUUACAGAUAGGAAGAACUCAAUUUACUUGCGCAGUAAAACUUUGACUGAUGUAAUUUUCAGAUAAUGUUUAUACUUGUCUACACAAUUUUUUGACAAUCAUUGUAAAUACUUACUUGCUUAGUGUUUUAUUCUUAUAUUGUAAAGUUGCAUACAAUGCUUUUAUGUGUUAUGUGAUGACUAUAGUUAGUGUUAUGUGUUAUGUGAUGACUAUAGUUAGAUCUUAUAAAUAUUUUUAUGAUAAUAAUAUUGAUUAUAAUUGUAUUUAGUAAUUUAGUGUUAUAGUAUGCGGUAGUUACAUGCACGUGCCUUUUAAUGUCAAAGUUAUGUAUCAUUCUGACAUUCUUUAUAUAUUUUUAAUACAGUACAUGUACUUAUUUAUUACUUAUCAUACAUAUUAUGGGAUAAGUUACAAGUUGUCCCAAUUUUUUUCAU